CCUCUACUUUUCUCUUAUUUUAUCAAUUUUCGUUUCAAUGGAGAUCCCAACAUCAUCAUCAUGCACCGAAAAAGACAAAAAGAGCGAAGUGAUCUCAGGAGGCGAGGCUGCUGAUUCGAGUGAGGAUUCUAACAACAUGCCAGUUCCCGUUUCUGAUGAAAAAGAAGAAGAAAGAACGAAACAACUUAAUAAUCAUGACGAGUCUGUGAGAGAAGAAGAAGAAGCAGAAAGAACCGGAGGUCUUACUGAUGAGCCUGUGGCAGCAGGAGAAGAAAAAGAAGAAAGAACGAGAGAGACCUGGAGAAUGACAAAGGAGGAGGAUAACAAGAAGAUGAAUCUGGAAUUGUCUGGUGAUUUACUUCCUGAUGUGCUUGAAGUACAUGACAAUGAGGCUGUGGAAGAAGAAGCAAAGGCAGAAAGCACAAAAGGGCUUACUAAUGAGCCUGUGAAAGAACAAGAAACAGAAAGAAUAAGAGGGAUUAUUACUACUGAUGAUGAGCCUGCGAAAGAAGAUCAAGAAGCAGCAGAAACAAAAAUAGGGCUUACUGAUGAGCCUGUGAGAGAACGAGAAGCAGAAAGAAGUACGAGAGUGAUUAUUGGUGCUGAUCAUGGAGAAGACAAGAAGAAGGAGACGGCGAAGAAGGCGAAGAAGAAGAUUCUCUCUAUAAGAUUGGCUAUAAGAUUCAUCUCAUGGGACUUUGCUACUUCUUUUCUUUUCAAAUAUUUCUUUCGAACUUGUCGUAGAAAUUAAGCCUCCCAAAUGUUUGAUCUAGUAGAUUUCUGC